UGUCGCUAAUAUAUAAUAUGACGACAUGACGUACAUAAUAUGUUAACAAUAUAACCGUGGUUUACAUAGGUGAGAUAGGUAACCUCAAAAUUGUAUGGUUAUCACAGACGUGCAUACGUUCUUUGAUUAACGUUCAGGCGUGCAGCUCGGAAUACACACUGCUUCGAAUCACACACGUGCUCUGAUUUUUUUAAGCCAACUAUAAAAUCCAGUCGAAAUAUACAAAUCGUGUCGUGACCAUGUCACAACCGGCAAGGAAACGAGGAGUGCUAGCCGGCGGUGGAGCGAGCACUAGUCGUGAUGGUGAAGCGAACACUAGUCGUGAUGAUGAAACGAGCAAUAGUCGUAAUGGUGAAGCGAACACCAGUGGUAAUGGUGAAGCCAGCACUAGUGGCGAUUCGAGUCCCAUGGAAAUUGAGUCGAGCUCGUCUGACUCCGAGGAUAAUGAUGAUAUUGUUGAGACGGUACUUGAUGUUGAAUUUGAAGGGCGUUCUCCACAACCAGCAGACUUUCAUAGUAUUAAACAGUUAUUACAACAGUUGUUUUUGAAAGCCCCAGUGGACCUGUCUGAUUUGUCUAAUUUACUAAUUAAUCAACCCGGUAUCGGCUCGGUGAUCAAGCAAGUUCCCAAUGAAGAUGAAGAUGAUGAUUCUGAUUCUGAUGUUGAUCCCGAUGACGUAGUUGAUAUCAACCAAGUAUUUGGAAUAAGUUCAGUUCUCAAUAUUUCACAAAAGACUAAUGAAUGUGAACGCAAUUUACACAAAUUAAUGUUGGAUUUAAGCAACCAAUAUAGUGAUAGUGAAACAAAACGAUUUGUAAAUGGAUUGUUGGGUGAUACUACAAAACAAGUUGGGUUGUUACUAAACGAAAGAUAUGUUAACAUACCCCCGCCUAUUUCUGUGCCAUUAUUUCAUGCUAUACGCAAAGAAUUAUUCAGUUUAAAAUCUAAAGACUCAUCAUAUAAUUUUGAUUAUCUUAUUAUGAUAAGCAAACUUUACAAAAUGCAAAAAGAUAAGAAGGGAAAAAAUCUUGAGGGCUGUGAAGUAUUUUGGUCAAAUGCUGAAGAGGAGUUCUUUGAUGAAGAAGCAGAUUACAAGUUUGAGUUUUGCGUGCAAAAUGACAAAGGUACUGGCUUGGGAGGUCACUGGUCAGAAGCAGAUCCUGAAAUGGUUCCUUUUAGACGUGUUCUGAUUUUCACUAUGGAAAAAUUCCAUCAGAUAACUAACAGGUUGGCAUCUUUAUUGGAGCCUGCAGGUACUGUUUAUAACGGUGCAUAUAAGCCUGGAUCUAUAUGAAGAUUAUUCCAUUGUUUUUAACAAUAUCAAGUUAAAUUAAAUUGGGUUGUAUUUUUUUUCAAAGUAAUUUAAUGGUAAAUUAAAAAAAAAAAAAUACUAUGUUGACAACUUUUCUUAAAACUGUUUAUUUAUACUCAAGAAAAAAUACAUUAUUAUUAAUAUUA